GAGUACAGAUCACCAACAACCUACCUAGGUACUUUAGCCUCUUGAUAGAGGGGUAGACCCCGAUCUAAUUUUCCUUGUCUUCAGCGGAAGGAGUCUUAAUAUGCCACUAGUACCCCAGAAGUAUGCGAUUUUCCGAGAAGAAUUUUGAAAGAGUUCCGGACCGUAAGGUACAAUUGCUGGCAGGUUAUCCCUGUUUUCAUUCAAACCUUUCCCUGACGCCCGCGCGGUCGAAAUGGAUAAUGCGCAUGACCUACAAGCUAGCACUGAAAGCUCAACUGUCGACUUAAAACAUGACCGCGAUGAAGAAAACACACAACAGGCAGAUGUUGACAGCUCUUUAUCUGCAACUGUGACAGAUAGUCUUGACCAUGUACUCCCGAGGGAUAGAGAGAUGAAAACACCGACAUACGAUUAUGCUUACGAGAAGUCGAUGAGUCACACAGAAGCAAAACUCUUCUACCAGCAUCAUCAAUUGGUGUCACGAGGCGCCGACAGUGAGUCUGAUCAGGGUUCCGGCCUCACGGGCAGGCCGUCUGCCUCUGACAUACUAUCAACUAAAGUUCAGACGGAGGGAAAGCCUCAAACAGGCAUCCUGGGCUCGAGUAAUUCAACGCAGCUUGGCACGCCUACUUCGGGAUACGCUGAAAUUACCAGCACCAGUCCCGGUCAGCUUCCACUCCGAGAUGAUACAAUGCAUCAUGGGAAUCCAAAUGAACAAGGAUCAUGUUAUAUGCAGUUCGCCACUGAGGUUCCAGGUGCUAUCAAAAGUGCUAUGAAUAUGACGGGCAGCGGCACGGUUGCCUCGGAAUUAAACAUCAUCUACCGCAAGAUUCGCGGGCUACUUGAGCGACGCGCCGAAUAUAUCCGACUGUCAUCACAGGGUCCUGAGGAUAACCCCAAAGAUCGUCCCGAUUGGAGGAUUUACCCACCCCCGCCAGAACCAGCCUGGGAUGCUGAUAGAGAGAAUGGGAAUCAAGAAUCCUCUCCUGGUGCCGGAACCAAGAAAAGAAAGAUGGGCCAGGAUAUUGGUGAGGACUUCGACAUGGCUGAAUUCAUUCCGCUCCCGGGAGAGUCAAGCUGGACAUUCAGACUGGAUGAAAAUAGUGUCUACCAAGUGUACGAAAAUAUCGAGGCUGCAAAUGUGCACAAGCCUACCAUCAGAAUACCUUCACUGCGUGAUUUUUAUAUGGACCUCGAUGCAGUCAUAGAUGUGUCCACAGACGGACCAGCCAAGAGCUUUGCGUUUAAACGUCUUUCUUAUCUGGAGGGCAAAUUUCAGCUCUACACGCUGCUCAAUGAAUAUCAGGAGAUUGCUGACAGCAAAAAGGUACCACACAGAGACUUCUACAACGUCCGGAAGGUCGACACUCAUGUCCAUCACUCGGCUUGCAUGAAUCAGAAACAUCUCCUCAGGUUCAUCAAAAGCAAAAUGAAGAAGUCUCCUGAUGAGGUUGUAUUAUUCCGAGAUGGUAAACAUCUAACGUUGAGAGAGGUUUUUGAAAGCAUAAACCUAACAGCUUAUGACCUGAGCAUUGAUACGCUGGAUAUGCAUGCGCAUACGGAUUCCUUCCAUCGCUUUGACAAGUUCAAUCUCAAAUAUAAUCCCGUCGGAGAGUCUAGACUGCGCGAGAUCUUCUUGAAGACGGACAAUUAUAUUAAAGGUCGCUAUCUGGCCGAGAUCACAAAAGAGGUCAUCUCAGAUUUAGAGUCCAGCAAGUAUCAAAUGGUGGAGUGGCGCAUCUCAAUAUACGGAAGGUCGAUUCAAGAAUGGGACAAGCUCGCUGCUUGGGUGGUUGACAACAAAUUAUUCUCCCCAAAUGUGCGCUGGCUAAUACAAGUUCCUCGGCUUUACGACGUCUACAAAGCAAGCGGCAUGAUGGAGAACUUCGAGCAAGUUAUCACAAACGUUUUCCAGCCAUUAUUCGAGGUGACCAAAAAUCCAAGCAGCCAUCCCAAACUUCAUAUCUUCCUCCAGCGUGUGGUUGGAUUCGACAGCGUGGAUGACGAAAGCAAAGCUGAGCGCCGACUGUAUAGAAAAUACCCCAUUCCUAGAGAAUGGAAUACGAAACAAAAUCCUCCCUACAGCUAUUGGAUUUACUUCAUGUUCGCUAAUAUCGCGUCAUUGAAUUUCUGGAGAAAGCAACGCGGCUUCAAUACUUUUGUUUUAAGACCUCAUUGCGGUGAGGCUGGGGAUCCAGAUCAUCUUGCAGUUGGUUUUCUCUGCUGCCACAGCAUCAGUCACGGAAUACUGCUCAGAAAGGUCCCUCUAUUGCAGUAUUUGUUUUACCUCGAUCAGAUUGGGAUCGCAAUGUCCCCGCUCAGUAACAACGCGCUAUUUCUGACAUAUGACAAAAAUCCGUUUGCGAAUUUUUUCAGGCGCGGCCUGAAUGUAUCCUUGUCAACGGACGAUCCUCUGCAAUUUGCGUUUACCAAGGAGCCGUUGAUUGAAGAAUAUUCGGUUGCUGCACAGAUAUACAAAUUCAACGCUGUGGACAUGUGUGAGCUCGCAAAACAUUCAGUCGAGCAAAGUGGCUUUGAACUAUCAUUGAAGAAGAGAUGGCUCGGUGCGAACUGUUCUCUCCGCGGGGUCGCAGGAAAUAAUGUCGCAAAAAGCAAUGUGCCAGACAUUCGGGAGCAAUUCAGGCAUGAAACUUUACUUGGGGAGCUUGCCUUGAUUGAACGUUAUUCUGAUCGUCAUAUUGACUGUUCAACUAGGCGACCAAUCGUCCCCGCCACAGGCAGUCAGCUAGAAGCGCCGUCACGGAUUCCUCUGGAUCCAGAGCAAGGGCACUCAGGCCAUUCACAGUCUCCCACUAGCUCGAUCUUACCUCAGCUUCGAUCCGACGCCAGUGACGCAGAGGCUCUUCGAAAUACCUGCUCCUCAGAUACCACCAGGGCCGGCGACUCUGGCAACUCACUCGGAGGUACCCAUCCCACAGGGCAAGCGGCAGCUUCCCCGGGAAGUCCACCAGAGCACCGGAUUUUCCCUGGUAUUGUCCAUGAGAGAAUCCGGAGAGAUAAUACCAACAUCAAUAAUGAUAGCUGAAGGUCAUUCGAAAAUACAGGCAGAGAGAGCAUUGGUCAGCUCAAUGCUGGAGUCUCAAAAAUCCGAAAUAAACAGCUUUGACACUAUCUGCUCACGCCUACAAAUAUUAUGAAUCUAAUUUGAACAUCUUUGAAGUUAGCCAUGCGCAUCUUAAUAUUGAUAUAAUCCUUAAUUCAUGCCUCGUCGCGUUGUGAUUCGGAUAUUUAGGGAAUUACUAUCUGCUCUGCUGUACUAUCUACGUAGCAUAAU